AUGGGUGUGCCUAUGGAAGGCUUUUUUGAUGGGGCCGAGGCGAUAUUAGUGACGCCUGCCCCUCCUGCUGCACACAAGACUCCUGUAAAAACCCCCACCCCUUCUGCUAAGCCAGUACCUAGAGAGGGUACUCAUGUUGAAGGGGUUGGUGAGACUACACCCUUGCCUGCUGAGAGACCCACUCCUUCAGAGGGAACCAUUCCUCCUGCCGCUGUUCAAGCCAAAACUACUUCUCCCGUUCUGCCGCUAGUGAUUUCGACUAGUGAUCCUUUUACAGCUAUUUCCCAGGCUGCAAAGGGUAGUGCUUCGCUUUUUGUUACUCCUUCCUCUAUACUCGGCUCCGCUACCCGUGGUCCUGAUCCGGACUUAUCUUCAGAGGGAUCUGAUGACAUUUUUGAGGAUCCUGAUGACGCACCCGUGUUGAAAAAGAGAAUUUCUAACUCUGAUGAAGAGGGUAGUGCUUCGCCUGAGCCUGACUUCAUGGGUAUGUAUCUUCCUUUCCCUUUUUUCUUCUUUCUGCAUUUGCGUUUCAUUUGCAUACUUAUCUCUCCACUUACAAAAACUUUUGAGGGGCUAGAAAUUGCAGCAGGCAUGGGAAUGAUUGCUCCUGCCGCACCUGUAGCGCCUAUUCCUGCCGCACCUUCAGUACCUGUUUCAGCCGUACCUACUACCCCUGUUUCUUCUGUGCCUGCAGUACCCGUUUCCGCUACACCCGUAGCCCCCAUUCUUGGUCCACUUCCUACUAUCCCUUCUCAGUUUGAGGCGGGUAGUAGUUCUGCUGCCGUCCCGGAUGAUGCUGCAUCUUUCUUUGUCCGUUUUGACGAGUCCGAGGUUAACGACCCUGGUCUGAUGCUGGGAUGUGUGCUGAAUGACAUCGAGCAUAACUUCAUCGACUUUGUUUCUGCCGGGAAGAUCCUGCAGUGGAGGGCUGCGAUAUAG